CACCCCGCGAGGCCCGGGAAGCCGCUGCUCCAAUGGCUCUUUAAAAGGAUGAGAGUUCCAUUUUGGUUGCUCUAUAGAGAAGAACACUGAACUUCGAAAAUAAAAUGUUAGAAACGAUAGACAAAAACCGGGCCCUGCAGGCAGCAGAGCGCUUGCAAGCCAAGCUGCGAGAGCGUGGGGAUGUGGCAAACGAAGACAAGCUGAACCUUCUGAAGUCGGUCUUGCAAAGCCCACUCUUCAGUCAGAUUCUGAACCUCCAGACCUCUGUACAGCAGCUGAAAGACCAGGUAAACAUUGCAACUUCAGCAAUUUCAAAUGUAGAAUGUGCCCAUAUUCCACAUCUCAGCCCAGCUGUCAUUACUACUCUGCAAAAUGAAUCAUUGUUAUCGUCCCAAAACAAUGGGACUCUGGAAGUACUUACAGCGGCAGGUACUCCACACAUCAAUGGGAAAACUGCUUGUGAUGAAUUUGAUCAACUGAUCAAAAAUAUGGCCCAGGGUCGCCAUGUAGAAGUUUUUGAGCUCCUCAAACCUCCCUGUGGAGGCCUCGGGUUCAGUGUUGUGGGGCUGAGGAGUGACAACCGGGGAGAACUGGGAAUAUUUGUGCAGGAGAUCCAAGAGGGCAGUGUGGCUCACAGAGAUGGAAGAUUGAAGGAAACUGACCAAAUCCUUGCCAUCAAUGGACAGGCACUUGAUCAGACGAUCACACAUCAGCAGGCCAUCAGCAUCCUGCAGAAAGCCAAAGACACUGUGCAGCUCAUUAUUGCCAGAGGCUCAUUGCCUCAGCUCAUCAGUCCCGUGGUUUCCCGCUCCCCAUCUGCGGCCAGCACAAUUUCCGCUCACUCUAAUCCGGUUCACUGGCAGCAUGUGGAAACUAUUGAAUUGGUGAAUGAUGGAUCUGGUCUGGGAUUUGGCAUUGUCGGAGGAAAAGCAACUGGCGUAAUAGUAAAAACCAUUCUGCCUGGAGGAGUGGCUGAUCAACAUGGGCGAUUGUGCAGUGGAGACCACAUUCUAAAGAUCGGUGACACAGAUCUAGCAGGGAUGAGCAGUGAGCAAGUAGCACAAGUCCUCAGGCAGUGUGGAAACAGAGUUAAACUGAUGAUUGCAAGAGGUGCCCUAGAAGAACCGGCAGCACCCCCCUCUCUGGGCAUCACUGUGUCCUCAUCCCCAUCCUCUACACCAGAGAUGCGGGUUGAUGCUUCCACUCAGAAAAGUGAAGACAAUGAGACAUUUGAUGUGGAACUCACUAAAAAUGUCCAGGGAUUAGGAAUUACCAUUGCUGGUUACAUUGGAGAUAAAAAAUUAGAACCUUCAGGAAUCUUUGUAAAGAGCAUUACGAAGAGCAGUGCUGUGGAACAUGAUGGCAGAAUCCAAAUUGGAGACCAAAUUAUAGCAGUAGAUGGUACAAACCUUCAGGGUUUUACCAACCAACAAGCAGUAGAGGUGCUGAGACACACAGGACAGACUGUGCACCUGACACUGAUGAGGAGAGGAACGAAGCAGGAAGCUGAGCUCACGGCAAGGGAGGACGCCACAAAAGAUGUGGUUUUGUCUCCUGCUAAUGCCAGCAUAAGCAAAGAAAAUUAUGAAAAAGAUGAAGAUUCUUUAUGUUUGAGGAGAAACACCAGCAUAUUACCCAUUGAGGAAGAAGGGUAUCCCUUGCUGUUAGCUGAAAUAGAAGAAAUGGAAGAUGCACAGCAACGGGAAGCUGCCCUGCUGAAAAAGUGGCAAAGGAUUAUGGGAAUUAAUUAUGAAAUAGUGGUGGCGCAUGUGAGCAAGUUCAGUGAGAGCAGUGGUUUGGGGAUAAGUCUGGAAGCAACAGUGGGACAUCAUUUUAUCCGAUCUGUUCUACCGGAAGGUCCUGUUGGACACAGUGGGAAGCUUUUCAGUGGAGAUGAGCUAUUAGAGGUGAAUGGCAUAACAUUGCUUGGGGAAAAUCACCAAGAUGUGGUGAACAUUUUAAAAGAGUUGCCUAUAGAAGUGACCAUGGUGUGCUGUCGUCGAACUGUGCCACCCACCACCCAGUCAGAAUUGGAUGGCCUGGACCUCUGUGACAUUGAACUAACAGAAAAGCCUCACGUAGAUCUCGGCGAGUUCAUCGGGUCUUCGGAGACCGAGGAGCCUGCGCUGGAGAUGCCCGAUGUGGGUCGGGAUCCAGGGAAGGUUCACGGACCUUUGGCCAUGUGGGAGGUGGACGUUCAGCACAUUGAGCUGGAGAAAGGCAGCAAAGGACUUGGCUUUAGCAUUUUAGAUUAUCAGGACCCUGUGGAUCCAGCCAGCACUGUGAUCGUAAUUCGUUCUUUGGUUCCUGGCGGUGUUGCUGAAAAGGAUGGACGCCUUCUUCCUGGGGAUCGCCUCAUGUUUGUCAACGACGUGAACCUGGAGAGCAGCAGUCUCGAGGAAGCUGUGCAGGCCCUGAAGGGGGCCCCGUCAGGCACGGUGAAAAUAGGAGUUGCCAAGCCUUUACCCCUUUCGCCAGAAGAAGGUUAUGUUUCUGCCAAGGAGGAUUCCUUCCUCUACCCCCCACACUCCUGCCAGGAGGAAGGGCUGGCUGACAAAGCCCUCUUCAGGGCUGACUUGGCUCUGGUGGACACAAACGAUGCUGACUUAGCCGAUGAAUCUGCAUUUGAGUCUCACUACUCUCCCGAUGACAGUAUCUACUCUACUCCAGCCUCUAUUUUAUCUCUUCACAGCAGUGCUUGUAGUGAUGGCCUGAACUAUGGUCCCUCCCUUCCACCUUCUCCUCCCAAGGAUGUUACUGACAGUUCUUCGGAUCCAAUACUUGAUCUGCAAGUGCCUUUGGAAGAACUCUACACUCAGAACCUCCUGCAAAGACAGGAUGACAGCCCACCUUCCGUAGACUUGAGCAUGGGACCUGCUUCUGGGUUUAUUGUAAAUGAUUAUACACCUGAACAACAAUAUGGAUGUGAAAACACAGGCAUGUGGGCUGAGUCUCACCUACCCAGUGAAGUUAUAUCGAGUGCAGAGCUUACUUCUCUGCUGCCUGAUUCAACGGGAAAGGGCUCUGAGUUCUUAAAUCAACAGAGCUCUCUGGCCUCUGCUGCCGAGCGUAUCAUGCUUCAGAAUAUAUCCAGAGAAUUUUUUGAGAAGACUAUUACCAUAGCAAAAGGCAAUUCUAGCCUAGGGAUGACAGUAAGCGCUAACAAAGAUGGCUUGGGGGUGAUUGUCCGAAGCAUUAUUCAUGGAGGUGCCAUUAGUCGAGAUGGCCGGAUUGCUGUUGGGGACUGCAUCUUGUCUAUUAAUGAAGAAUCUACUAUCAGUUUAACCAACGCCCAGGCACGAGCCAUGUUGAGAAGACAUUCCCUCAUUGGGCCUGACAUUAAAAUUACUUACGUGCCUGCGGAACAUUUGGAAGAGUUUAGAAGAAGCUUGGGACAGCAAUCUGGAGGGAUAAUGGCACUGGAUAUUUUUUCUCCAUACACUGGCAGAGACAUUCCAGAAUUACCAGAGCGAGAAGAAGGAGAGGGAGAAGAAAGUGAACUUCAAAAUGCAGCGUACAGCAAUUGGAAUCAGCCCAGGCGGGUUGAACUUUGGAGAGAACCAAGCAAGUCCUUGGGCAUCAGCAUUGUUGGUGGACGAGGGAUGGGGAGUCGACUAAGCAACGGUGAAGUGAUGAGGGGCAUUUUCAUCAAACAUGUUCUUGAAGAUAGUCCAGCUGGCAAAAAUGGAACCUUGAAACCUGGAGAUAGAAUAGUUGAGGUGGAUGGGCUGGACCUCAGAGAUGCAAGCCAUGAGCAAGCUGUGGAAGCCAUUCGGAAAGCAGGCAACCCUGUAGUCUUUAUGGUACAGAGCAUUAUAAACAGACCAAGGAAAUCCCCCUUGCCUUCCUUGACGCACAGCCUUUACCCUCAGUACAACUUCAGCAGCACUAACCCAUUUGCUGAUUCUCUGCAGUUCAUCGCUGACAAGGAAUUGCAGAAUUCAAGUAGAGUUGUCUUCCAUUGUUCCCCAACUAACCCUUUUGCUCCCACACCAUUUAAGGCACCCAGUCAGUCAGAACCAGAGCCAGAGAAGGCUCCAUUGUGCAAUGCGCCUCUGCCCCCUCCUUCAGCAUUUGCAGAAAUGAGCGGUGAUCAUGCCCAGUCAUCUGCAAGCAGGGUCUCAGAAGAAGGGGACAAAGAGGAUGAGUUUGGUUACAGCUGGAAAAAUAUCAGAGAACGUUACGGGACUCUGGCCGGCGAGCUGCACAUGAUUGAACUGGAGAAAGGUCGGAGUGGUUUGGGUCUAAGUCUUGCUGGGAACAAAGAUCGAUCCAGGAUGAGUGUCUUUAUAGUGGGGAUUGAUCCCAAUGGAGCAGCUGGGAAAGAUGGUCGAUUGCAGAUUGCAGAUGAGCUUCUAGAGAUCAAUGGGCAAAUUUUAUAUGGAAGAAGUCAUCAGAAUGCUUCCUCAAUCAUUAAAUGUGCCCCUUCGAAAGUGAAAAUAAUUUUCAUCAGGAAUAAAGAUGCAGUGAGUCAGAUGGCUGUGUGUCCUGGAAAUACAGUAGAAUCUUUGCCUUCUACCUCAGAGAACCUUCAAAAUAAGGAGGCUGAACCAAGUGUUGCCACUUCC